AUGAACACUGUAGGUGCUGCUCCGCUGGGAUGGGGCUCCCUUUGUGUUGCCGGUGCCGGCGCAUACGUCUUCGCCAAGCAGCAAAUCCGGGCUGAUCGCCAGGCCAAGCUCGAGGCGCACCACAAGAAGAUUGCAGCGAACAAGGCCCUGGAGAAUGAGCUGGCCAUGGCCUCUGCAGGCUCUGGGGCGGGCAACGGUGGCCCUGCAAGGACCGACAACGCUGGUUCGCCGAGCCAAGAGGCAGGCAGCGAUCCUGCGGCAACGAGGCAUGCCCCGGCGACAGAGUCCCAGCGGAUAACCGAGAAAAGCAAAUACGAGAGCGAUGUGCCGUAUCGAGCCCGGAAAGGGGACAGGUUCAGCUAA